UCUCCAGCAACAACUGUGACAGCGCGGCACUGUGUCCGUGCUCUUCUUGUUCUUUCUUUGCUUGCUCUUGGGUUGCACCGGCCUUGAAGCGAAUACACAACAGCACAAGCACACAAGAAGCACACACACACACACACAUACAUACAUACAUACAUACACGGAUCUGAGGAAGAAAUACAAGUUCCAAGAAGAGAGGGUGGUGCCAUCGUGACGCAAGAAGGCGUCAGGUCCCAGCAGCAAUCGUUGGCGAUCAGCACACGUCGUGGCACGUGCCUCUGGUAGCCCACGACGGCAGGCACGCGUGCAUGCUUGCACUGCGCUUGAGCCGGCGCCGGCUCACCACGAGAACAGCCCUCCUGGCAGAUGGCAAGCGCAACGGUCUUCCCUUCACAGGAUGGAUCUCGUUCAAGCAGCGCGACCCACAAGACAAGGGCUUCUUCACCCAGAACCCUGCCCCCAUCCACUCCAAGAUUCUCAGCGCCAAAGCCGAUCCCCAGGAGGACGAGCACGUCGUUGGUGUCAAGACAAACGAGCAGCACGAUGUACCACCGCGUCCAAAGACAGUGAAGAAGGAGACAGAGGCGGUUGAUGUGUCGCGCGUACCGCCACCAGAACAGAUCAACGUGGCAGCGCUUCGCGAAACAAUGCAGGAGGACUGGCGGAAGCUGCAAGAAGCCAACAAGCGCUUGCGGCAGUGGCCAUUCGAGGCCGAUGUGAAAGCGCCGAAGAUGCCGCUGUCCACGCGCGUCACCGUCGCCCUCUCCCUCACAGGGAACAUGCUCAUCUCGGCCGCCAAAUUCUACGCGUACACGCGCACGGGACACAGCGCAAUGCUCUCAGAGGCCAUUCACACCCUCGUCGACGUCGGAAACCAGGCGAUCCUUGGGUACGGGCUGAUGGAGGCUGAGCGCUCGCCUGACCGCAAACACCAGUACGGUUACGGGCGCGCUGCCUUCUUCUACUCGCUGCUCACUGCCAUGUCCACGUUUGGCUUCGGCGCUCUCUACACGGGGUACCAGGGCGUACAUUCGCUGCUACAUCCGCCAACGGAGCUGUCAAGUCUUCCGGAAACGUGGGCCAUCCUUGCUGUUGGUCUCGCUGUUGACGGCUUUGUUCUCCACACCGCUCUCCGCAGCACCCGGUGGCGCGCACGCAAGGAGGGCGUGUCGACGGCGCAGUGGCUGCUGUCGUUUCGUGAUCCGUUCACGGUUGCGGUCGUGUUUGAGGACAGCGCUGCUGUUGCCGGCGUCAUUGUUGCCGCACUCGGCAUUGGCAUGACACAGGUGACGGGCAACCCCAUCUACGAUUCGUUGGCGACGCUGUGCAUCUCGGGUCUGCUGGCGUCCGUCUCGCUCAAACUCAUCCAACUGAACAGAUCCUUCAUCCUCGGACGCCCUGUCGAUGACAGCAUUCUGUCUGGGCUGCGGCGCAUCUUGAAGCGGCGGCAGUCUGUUGACGAGGUGCACAGCGAGCAGUCCCAGUGGAUUGGGCCCUCCAUGUUCUCGUACAAGGCCGAGGUCGACUUUGACGGCACCUGGCUCGCUGUCCAGUUGUUUGAAAAGUACCGUCCAGUGUUCCUCAACGCCGCCGUGCAGGGCCACGAUGCAAUGCAGCACGAGCUGGUGUGGCUGCUGCCGGCGUUUGCGGAAGACGUCACGCGCGUCCUCGAGAAGGAAGUCCGCGAUAUCCAGGCGGAGGUGCGGCGGGUGUACCCGGCGGCCGGGUUUGUUGAGAUUGUGCCAGACAGCUCGCAGACGACGCUGAUGGCACUCGAGUCGUUUAUGAAGAAGAAGGCGUCACGCCUCGUCGAGCAAUACCAGGUUGAGGCGAUGUUAUCCGGAGACAGUAUACAGCACCACAACGACCACUACAACCUCGGCAGCUUCUAUGUUGGCAUGGGCCAGUUUGAAAAGGCCGCCACCCAAUUCCAAAUCUGCCAGGACCAGCGCGAGAGCCUCCUCGGCCGUGGAAGCGAGGAAGUCGUGGCAUGCUUGGAACGGCUCGGAUACGUGUACCGGCGCCUGGGCGACACGCGCCGCGCUCUGCAGUGCCUCAAGUCCGCACAGCAGAUGAUGGAUGCAAACGAGGCGGCGAACCCGCUCCUACUUGCGUCUGUGCAUGCUGAGAUGGGCCUGGUGUUAUCCGAGAUGGGCCAAGUGAUUGCUGCGAGCAAGAGCCUCGAGAAAGCGCUGGCACUGCGGCGGGCGCACCUCGAUCCCCUCAACCCGGCCAUCCUCUCCCUUCUCCUCGCACUCGGAGACCUCUACGCCCGCAUGCCCGCAAAGCGCACGAUGGCGCUCGACUACUACCAGGAGCUGCUGCGCUGUCGCAUCAAACUCUACGGAGACAAAGACCUCAGAGUGGCUGACGUGUACCACAAGUUGGCGCUUGCGUGCAAGACGACCGGUCGGCUGGAUCAGGCCAUCGACUGCGCCAAGAACGCCGCACACAUCAAGGAGCGCUGCUUUGCGUCGAGUGACCCCGUCGCCGUCUCCGUCGCCUGGGAGGAUGUUGGCGACCUCCUCCUCAUGCUCAAGCAGUAUGCGAGGGCGCAGGCUGCGUUUGAGCACGCGCUGAAGGUGUUGGACAACGUGGACGAGCGGGUGGACCAUCCGGAUGUCAGACGCAUCAUCCACAAACUCAUCGACAUCUACCACAAGUUUGGCUUCCCCAUCCCCAGCUCAUGGAGAUGACAUGCAGGAUGUAUGUGAGUGUGUGUGUGAGAGAGAGAGAGAGAGAGAGAGAGA